AACACCGAGAGACACCCGGAAGGUUGAAACCGCGCGAUCAGCAGCUCACUAUGAACCGCUUCAAGACGUCCAAAUACAAGAACACCACUCCUAAAAUCCCCAAGAAAGAUGGCUGGAUUGCAAACGUACGAGGAGGUUCCUUCUCUUCUCAGGGCAAACACAUCAAAUCCAGCUGCAGCCUCGUGGCCUUCAACACCGAUCACGCUGGCGGAGGAAUGGUCGGUCUGUCCUCGGUAAAUGCUGGGGCUGAUGGGAAAUGGAGCGUCACCCAGAUUUCAUGCCAUGCUGACCUGGUGACAGACCUGGACUUUUCUCCGUUUGAUGACUAUCUGCUGGCUACAUGCUCCGCUGAUCAGACGGUGAAGCUGUGGCGUGUGUGUGAUGUGGAUCAGGAUCAACCCAGUAAUGCAGAAGUGACUCUGAGUCCUGCAGACGGUCGCCUGGAGCUGCUGCUCUUCCACCCGGCAGCCUCUGCUCUGCUCGCCGUCGCUUCUGCUGGAGGAGUUCAGCUGUGGGACAUCACUCGAGACUAUGCCCUUACAGUGCUGGAGCCUCAUGCUGAUCAGCUGCAGGGUUUGUCCUGGAAGGAAGACGGUUCUCUGCUGGCUUCAUCCUGCAAGGACAAAAAGCUGCGUCUCUUUGACCCGCGGGCUCAGCCAUCAGCGGUUCAGAGCAAACACACAGCAGAUCAGAUCCAGUCGUUUGAUCAGACGUGUGAGCUGCUCCUGAAGCUUUUCCCAGUCUCUCCUUUCGCUGUCACUCAGGUGUUUCAUUCAGCUUCAUCACACCUGCUUUAUUCUUCUUUGAUCUUAUCGGAAGUGGACAGUAUGCCCCAGAGGUUUUCUAUGAGGUGUAUAUCUGGAGACAUGUUUGGCCAGUCCAUCACAUUUACCCUGAGCCUCUUUAGCAAGCCAGUGGUCAUCUUGGAGCUGUGUUUGGGGUCAUUAUCAUGCUGGAACACUGCUUUGCGGCCCAGUUUCCGGAGGGAGGGGAUCAUGCUCUGCUUUAAUAUGUCAGAGUACAUGUAA